AUGAGACAUUCAGUGGAGGCUGGGUCUUCGUGUCACUCGGGACCUUAUGAGAACGGUCUGUCAGAGAUCCUGGAUGAUGUGGUAGAGGAGGUGAGGUUGGCUAUAAACAGAGAUGUGAGUGGAGCAGACCUGCUGUUCGGCCUGCUCAGCGCCCCCUGGCUUCAUUCACUACUCAGAAUAUAUGAGUGUCUGAUCCGGUACAGAGUGAGGCCUCCCAGCCCUUACCUGCCCUAUGCCUCAGGACUUUCCCAGGAGGUUUUGGCCAAUUUGAGAGGGGUGGUCACUCCAUCCGCUGAGGCCAGGGAGCUCUUUGGACUGCUCAGCAAACCCCACAUGCAGGCUCUGCUCUCCGCCCAUGACUCUGUGGCCCAGAGGAAUUAUGGGCCAGUUCUGCCUCCGCUCCCUGACGAGUUGCCUGAGGAUGAGGAGGCAGUUAGGAUCGUUUGUCUGGUGAAGAACAAGCAGCCGCUGGGAGCAACUAUAAAGAGAGAUGAGACGACAGGGGAAAUCUUUAUAGCCAGGGUGAUCCACGGAGGACUGGCUGACCGCAGUGGUCUACUACAUGCAGGUGAUAAACUGAUGGAGGUAAAUGGGAAAUCUGUGGAAGGACUGAUGCCAGAACAGGUCAUUCAGAUCCUGGUUAACUGCCAUGGAAAUAUUAUUUUCAAAGUGAUUCCCAACUCACCACAGCCAGUCAACAGCCAGGCUACACUGUUGGUGCGAGCGAUGGCAGAUUACAGUCCCUCACAGGACCCCUCCAUCCCCUGCCCAGACGCAGGCAUGGCCUUCAGUAAGGGUGACCUGCUGGAGAUUGUGGAUCAGACAGACAGUCAUUGGUGGCAGGCCAGGAAACUGCCCAGUACUUCUGCCUGUGCUGGACUCAUCCCCUCUACCAGCCUGUUCAAGAGCAAACAGAGAGAGUUCUGGUGGUCACAGCCAUACCAGGUUCACACCUGCAUUAGGCCAUUGAGUGCGUCUGAUGUGGGGGAGGAUGUAACAGCGGUAGAAGAGGAGAAGUGUGCUGAAACAGAUGACUGUGCUGUUGAAUCUGAGGAGGAUGAAUAUGCUGGAAAUAUGGAAGGCCCCUUUAUAGCGGGGUUUAGGAACAGUCUGCGUCUGUGGAGGAGGAAGUCACAGACUAAGCGUAAAGGUUCCUGUCAUUCGUGUGGCUCCAGUAGCUGUUAUAACUCCUCCCCAUAUGAAGAGGUCAUCAACUACCGACGCAGGGCUCAGGACACGCCACGCCUCAUAGCACUCAUAGGUCCCUCUGGAGUUGGGGUGAAUGAGUUACGCAGAACACUGAUCCAAAUAAACCCAGACAAGUUCCAGAGCGCGGUGCCUCACACAACUCGAGCACCAGAGAGCAAUGAGCAGUACGGACGAGAAUACCACUUUGUUUCCAGAGAACUGUUUCAGUACAUGAUGUGCAACCACAGAUUUGUGGAGUGCGGGAAUUAUAAGGGCCAUCUUUAUGGGACGAGCAUUGACGCCAUCAAAAACGUGCUGGACACUGGGAAAAUCUGCAUUAUUGAUAUUGAGCCUCAUAGUAUUCGUUCAAUCCGAACCAAGACGCUGAAACCUUACGUCAUCUUUGUGAAGCCACCCGGCAUUGAGCGCAUGAGGCAGAGCAGGAGAGACGCCAAGAUUCUGGCCGAUAACUGCACCAAACGUCCAUUCAGUGACGAGGACUUUGAGGAGAUCGAGGAGUCAGCGUGGUUACUGGAGAUGCGUUACAGACAGUUCUUUGACUGCGUGAUUGUGAACGACACACUGCAGGACGCCUGUGGGCAGCUCUCUCUCGCCAUUCAGCGUGCCCAGGAGGAAGCACACUGGGUCCCUGCCAGCUGGCUGAGCCCCGACGAGCCCUGA